AUGCAAUUGCAAAAUGCGCGUCUUGUUACUGUGCAAGCUGAGGCGUUGAUGUUUGCCCAUUUAAAUUGUUGCGAAACUUUUCUAUUUUAUCUUCACAAACGUGUGCAAUUAUUGACGUGCUAUUAUCAAAAUAACAUCAUAAUGGUGUUCGAACAUUUAGCCGUCUAUGUACUCAAUAAAUAUUUGGGAGAUUAUAUUGAGAAUUUAGAUUCAAAAAAGCUCAAAAUUGACUUAUGGGAUGAUGAUGUUGUUCUCAAAAAUUUGAAUUUAAAAUCAAACGCAUUCACAAUGAAUUCUGAAUGGGAACAAAUGGUAUCGAAAGAAGAAGCGCCGGUCAUAUACAAAGAAAAACUAGAAGGAGAUAUUGUCAAGAACGAACAGACAGCAUCAUCAGAUCAUAUGACUUACAUUCUUCGACCACUUAAUAUUCAAGCAAGAUCGAAAAUUGCUAAGACACCUCAUGAACAAGGUUAUGUACGAUCGGUAUUCGAUGCAAAAAUCGAUUUGGAACAAAUUAGUAUUAAUCUCAAUCGGAAUCAGUUUUAUACUUCAAUAAAAUUUCUUCCGAAUAUGUGUUCUAUUCCGAAGCAUAAAUCAAACGAUGCAGAAUUUUAUGGAGAAUUUUCUAGUAUAAUUGAAACCCCGACACAACCGGCCCCCUCACAAAUUAUAAUUUUCUAUCCAAAAACUGGUGUUCAAAUAAGCACAUGA